AUGGCUACAACCGAAUCACACCCAGUUUUUGCUUCAUUAUCAGCUGAUGAUGCUGAAAAUCAAUUGACUGAAAUGGACUCACUUUGUAUGAAUUGUCAUGGUAGAGGACAAACUCGUCUUUUAUUAACACGUAUACCUUAUUAUAAAGAUGUUAUACUUAGUUCAUUUGAAUGUGAUACAUGUCAUUUUAAAAAUAAUGAUAUUCAACCAGCUCAACGUGUUGAACCUCUUGGAGUAUUAAUUAAUGUUCACGUUUUAAAUAGUGCUGAUCUUAAUCGACAAUUUGUUAAAUCAUGUUAUGGAAUAGUUCGUAUAAAAGAAUUAGAUUUUGAACAAUCACCUCAAGGUGAAAACGGUGUUUUAACAACAAUUGAAGGAUUUCUUAGUUCAGUAAUUGAAAAUAUUCAAAAAACAAUUAAACAAAUUGAAGAAACACUUGUUGAUACCGAUAAAAAUUCAACUGAUGACAGUAAGAUUGAUAAAUCUGAAUUUGAACAACAGAAAACAAAAUUUACUGAAUUUGUUGCUCGUGUUGAAUCAUUAAAAAAUUUAACUGAACCAUUUCAUUUUGAAAUCGAUGAUCCAAGUGGUAAUAGUUUUAUUGAAAAUCCAAAAGCACCAUAUCGUGAUGAACAAUUAACUAAAAAAGAAUAUCGACGAACACCAGAUCAGAAUGCAUCUUUAGGUAUUACAGAAGAGGAAGAAGCAGCUGCAGAUGCACAAAAUCAUCUUACUUCAGAAGAGAUUGAAGCAUUAAAAGAUGAAGUAUUAGUUUUUCAAACAAAUUGUUCCAGUUGUAAUGCACCAUGUGAUACAAAUAUGAAAGUAACAAAAAUACCAUAUUUUAAAGAAAUUAUUAUUAUGGCAACAUCAUGCGAUUAUUGUGGAAAGAAAUCGAAUGAAGUUAAAUCAGGUACUGGUAUCGCAUCUCAAGGUAUUCGAUAUACUUUAGCUAUCAAAGAUCCAAUUGAUUUAAAUCGAGAUAUAUUAGUUUCUGAAACAUCAUCAUUUGCUAUACCUGAACUUGAUUUUGAAUUAUCAUCAUCAAGAUCUAUUGGUGGAAAAUUUACAACAGUUGAAGGUAUAUUUACAACAUUAAAAACUCAAUUGGCUAGUGUUAUUAUGCCAUUUGGUGGUGGUGAUAGUACGAAUAGAGGAGAUAAAAAUCAAAUGUGUUCAUUUAUUGAUAUAAUGUCUGCUGUACUUGCUGGGGAAAGAUACGUUACAAUUGUUUUAGAUGAUCCAGCCGGUAAUUGUUAUUUGCAAAAUAUAUGUGCACCUGAUCCUGAUCCACAAUUAACUGUUGAACAUUAUCAACGUACAGAUGAACAAAAUGAAGAAUUAGGAAUCAAUGACAUGAAAACAGAAAAUUAUGAAAACUCUUGA